AUGUUUCUUGGUGAUUAUUCUGCUUUUAUUUUCAAAGGAAAACUUAUAAUUGAAAUUAUUUUUCCUAUGCAAGUAAAAGUUGAUUCAAUAUUCUUCAGACAAAACUCAGGAUUUACAUCUAUUUCUCAAUUUAACGCUCAAAAAAUUCUUCAGUUUAUCAAUGGUACAAAAAAUGUAGAAACUAAAGAAUAUGAAAUUAACGACGAAAACAGCAAGAAUGGUCACUUAUAUGAAAUUAAAACGAGUGGAAAAUAUAUAGAUAAGUUUAGAAUGUUAAUCAUACCAGAUAAAGAAAAUAAGACUCUUUCAUUUAGUGAAUUUCAAAUGAUAUUGGAAACGGAAACUCCACCAUCAGUAAGUAUUAUUAGAAAUCCAGAACCACAAAAAGAAGCAAGUAGUUAUGAGUUUUUACGAGCAACAGACUAUGAAUACGUUAAACUAUGUUUUGUUAUUAAUGAUAUAUUUACCUCAAUUGAUAUUCAUAAAAGUCAACAAAAACAAAAAUUUUUGAUACCAACAAUGAGAGAUGAUGAUGCUUAUGUUAUUAUAUCAAUCUAUAUUGAAAAACCAAAAUUUUCAGUUCAUCUGAAUAAGAUUAAUGAUUCGAAAGAACAAAUAUCGUUAGUAUUUAUAAAAGUUUUUAUUAAAGAUAGUAAACACAUAGCAGCUUUAUCAGAAGUUUACUUAAUUUAA